UGCUGCAGAAUCCAUCAGAAGAGCCCCUCCUUAAGAGCAUCAGAAUUAGACUCAUUUCCUUUGCAGAAGGCUGAUCAACUCCGCAGAUCCAGAGAUGGUUCUCAGUGUGUAAAACAGGAAGAACCAAAAAAGCAUCCAAUAAAAGGAUACAGCCACCUCCAGAUCGACUAGAAAGCAUUGAAGAGACAGAACUAGCUGGACAACGAUGGCGAUCGGGGCCUUUUUGUUGUUUUUGCUGCUGGCUCUGCUGCUUCUGUUCUUCCUGAAACAGCUCUGGACUCGAAGACAUUUGCCUCCUGGUCCCUUGGCCCUACCUCUCAUUGGGACCUUGUGGGCUAAUGUGACUGGACUUCAGGAAGAUAUUUUCCUUAAGAAUGCAAAACGAUAUGGAAAUAUAUCCACCAUGUUUUCAGGUCAUACCCCUAUAGUAGUGCUGUCUGGAUUCAAAACUGUGACAGAAGGAAUGACCAGCUUCGCAAAAGAAUUCUCUGAUCGACCAGAUGAUCUUUUCCUGAAUGCUUUAGGGAAAGGAAGGGGAAUUAUUCUUUCAAACGGCCACACCUGGAAACAGCAGCGACACAUCGGCGUCUCUGCUUUGCGGAAGCUGGGCCUGGGGAAGAAGAGCCUUGAGCAUCAAAUAGAGGAAGUUGCUCAGAAGCUGGUAGAGAUCUUUGCACAAACAAAGGGACAGCCAUUUGACCCUUUAAUUCCAGUGCUAAAUUCAGUUUGUAAUGUCAUAUGUGCUUUGAGUUUUGGACAUCAGUUUGCUCCUGAAGAUGAAAACUUCCAGAAGCUCAUUCAAGCCGUUAAAAUUAUUUUGAAAGUCAUUGGUGAAUUUUUCCAUAUGAUGUAUAAUUUCUUCCCACGGUUAAUGAACUACCUCCCAGGGCCCCACAAGGAGGCCCUGGCUUCUGCAGAGUUGAUCCGUUCCUUUGCAAAGCAGGAAAUAGAGGAACACAAGGAAUUCCACUCUCUGCACGAGCCACAAGAUUUCAUCGAUCACUACCUUCUUCAGAUGGAGAAGAGCAGGAAUGACCCCAACUCCACCUACAAUGAAGAGAACCUGGCUCAGUGUAUCCUUGAUCUUUUUGGUGCUGGAACAGACACAACCUUUGCUACUCUGAUGUGGGCCCUUCUCCUCUUGGCAAAUCAUCCGAACAUCCAAGAGAAAGUCCAGAAGGAGAUUGAAGAUGUGUUUGGCUUCUCAGGGUCAAUUUCCUAUCAAGAUCUGAAGAAGCUGCCCUACACCAAUGCUGUGCUUCAUGAAAUGCAGCGUUUCAAGUAUGUCUUGCUCCUUGGGCUUCCCAGGAAAAGUACAAAGGAUGUGAAGAUGAUGGGUUUCCACAUUCCAAAGGGGGCCUUUAUUUUCCCAGACCUGCGCUCUGUUCUUCGUGAUCCUGAACAAUGGGAGACGCCGGAAGAAUUCAACCCAAAUCACUUUUUUGACAAGGAUGGGAAGUUCAUCGCCCGAGAAGCGUUUCUCCCAUUCGGGAUAGGUGAGCGUGUAUGUCUGGGAGAGCAGCUGGCAAGAAUUGAGACCUUCAUCUUUAUGACCAGCCUGUUGAAGGCCUUCAGCUUCCGGCUGCCUGAAGGAGUGAAAGAACUCAAUCAAGCACCUAUUACAAAGUUAACAAUGCACCCACACCCUUACAAACUCUGUGCUGUUCCCCACACAGGCAUAAACCUUAUAAAAACACCAUGAAAAGCUUAAAACUAAUUACAGUACACUUAUUCAGCCUGGUAAAUGCCUCCUAUAUGCCUAUUUGUUUAAUUUCAUCUUCUGCCUCCAUUUACGCUAUGCUGAAACUUUUUCAAACCAUUGCUGGGUUUACACAACAUACUUUACCAGGUCCACAGAAGACCUGGAGGUUGUGUGUGAACAAUGCGCUAAGUAAGCCUUGGUUUCCUUUUGAGUUCCAAUAAAAAACAUUGCCUGCAAUUUA